AUGUGCCUGAGUAUCUAUCUAUCUAUCUAUCUAUCUAUCUAUCUAUCUAUCAGCCUAUUUGUUUUUAUUUUACCAUUUUAUUCGACUCUUUCUUUCUUGCUUUCUUUCUUUCUUUCUUUCUUUCUUUCUUUCUUUCUUUCCGCUGAUUCCUGCCUUUAUAGUCUUUCGUUUGCUGUAUUUCUGUUUUUCUUUCUUUCUGACAUUGUUAUUCUUUCUUUCUUUCUUUCUUUCUUUCUUUCUUUCCGUUUUGAUUUUUUUUCUUUUAGCGUUUCUUUAUUUCUUCAUUCUUUUUCCUUUCAUAUAAUUUUAUUUUCUCUUUCAUGUAUUUUUUCUUUAUUUCAUUCUCCCUAUCUUUUUUUAUACUUCCGCUCCAUUCUUUUUCUUUCUGUUCUUUCUACCUUUGUAUUCUUAUUUUAUUCUAGCUUUCUUUUUCCUUCUUUUGUUUUUACUACCUUUGAAUUUCUUUCUCAUAUUCUUUCUUACUAUUUCUUCGUUCUUUUUCUUUCGAUUUUUCCUAAUUUAUCCUUCUUUCUUUUCUUUCUUUUUCUUCUUUUACUAUUUGUUUGUCUUUUGCGUUUCUCGCAAUUUUUUUUUUCUACCUGGUUUCUUUCUAUAAUGUUAUUUGUUUUAUUUUGCUUUCUUAUUUCAACUUUUCUGUGUCUCUUUCGCUUUGCUAUUUGCUUUUCAUCUUUUCUUUCCUUCUGGAAUAAGCACUUCUUUCUUUCUUUUUAUUCUCUAUUAUCUUUUCUUUCUUUUUUUUUCUUUUCACACUUUCUCAAUCCGCUUUCUUUAUUUGCUUUUUCUCCCUUUAGCAUUUUCCUUUCCUUUUUUUUAUAUAAUUUUUUUACACGAAAAGUCUUUCCAAUCCGUAACAGUCCAAGACAUUUCACAUCCGAAACGAAUGUCAAUUUUCUUUUUAAUUCUUCCAAUCUUUUCUUUAAAUUCCAUCGAUUUUCUUUAGCUUGGCUCAAUAGAAUACCCAUAAGUCUAUUUAAAAGACUUUUCUUCUUUUUCGUUUUGCGCGGAAAUUAA